CUUUAGCUUACAAAGGUAACACCAGAAGGGAUAGGCUCUCCCUAAUGGAGAGCCUCUUACAAAGCUGGAGGAUGGGCGUUCUUCACCAGGUCCCUGGAGAAUAUCUGCAGUAUGAAGAGGUGAACUAUGCAAGUAGCACCAGAAUUCCUCUCCCUGGUGACGGACCAGCUAUUCAGUCAAACAGUUCAGCACCACCCAAGCAAACUGUUCUAUCUUGGCAAGCUGCAAUUGAUGCUGCUAGACAAGCAAAGGCUGCCCAAAAUAUGAGUACCACCACAGCCCAGCCUGUAGGAUCUCUGUCCCAAAGAAAACGCCAGCAAUAUGCCAAGAGCAAAAAACAGGGUAAUACAUCCAAUAGUCGGCCACCCCGUGCCCUUUUCUGUUUAUCCCUCAACAACCCAAUACGAAGAGCCUGCAUUAGUCUAGUAGAAUGGAAACCAUUUGACAUAUUUAUACUACUGUCUAUUUUUGCCAAUUGUGUGGCCUUAGCUGUUUACAUCCCAUUCCCAGAAGAUGAUUCUAAUUCAACUAAUCAUAAUUUGGAAAAAGUAGAAUAUGCCUUCCUGAUAAUUUUUACAGUUGAAACAUUUUUGAAGAUUAUAGCAUAUGGAUUAUUAUUACACCCCAAUGCGUAUGUUAGAAAUGGAUGGAAUUUAUUGGAUUUUGUAAUAGUAGUAGUAGGAUUAUUUAGUGUAAUAUUGGAACAAUUAACCAAAGAAACAGAAGGUGGCAGCCACUCAGGUGGCAAACCUGGUGGCUUUGAUGUCAAAGCCCUAAGAGCCUUUCGUGUAUUGCGACCUCUCCGGCUUGUAUCAGGAGUGCCCAGUUUACAAGUUGUCCUGAACUCCAUUAUAAAAGCCAUGGUCCCCCUCCUCCAUAUUGCCCUUUUGGUAUUGUUUGUAAUCAUAAUCUAUGCUAUUAUAGGAUUGGAACUUUUUAUUGGAAAAAUGCACAAAUCUUGUUUUCUUAUUGAUUCAGAUAUACUAGUUGAAGAAGAUCCAGCACCUUGUGCAUUCUCAGGGAAUGGACGUCAGUGUGUCAUGAAUGGCACUGAAUGUAAGGGUGGAUGGGUUGGACCAAAUGGAGGCAUAACCAACUUCGAUAAUUUUGCAUUUGCAAUGUUGACUGUGUUCCAGUGUAUAACCAUGGAAGGAUGGACUGAUGUGUUAUACUGGGUAAAUGAUGCAAUAGGAUGUGAAUGGCCAUGGAUCUAUUUUGUUAGUCUUAUCAUCCUUGGCUCAUUUUUCGUACUUAACCUGGUUCUUGGUGUACUUAGUGGAGAAUUUUCCAAGGAAAGAGAAAAAGCCAAGGCCCGAGGGGACUUUCAGAAGCUACGUGAAAAACAGCAGCUUGAAGAAGAUCUGAAGGGAUAUUUGGACUGGAUUACACAGGCAGAAGACAUUGACCCUGAGAAUGAUGAAGAGGUUGACGAAGAAGGCAAGCGGAACACAAGCAUGCCCACCAGUGAAACUGAAUCAGUGAACACAGAGAAUGUGAGUGGAGAAGGAGAGAACCCAGCAUGCUGUGGGAGUUUAUGUCAAACCAUCUCAAAAUCCAAGUUCAGUCGACGCUGGCGUCGCUGGAAUCGAUUUAAUCGAAGAAAAUGUAGAGCUGCAGUAAAAUCUGUCACAUUUUAUUGGCUUGUUAUUGUCUUGGUCUUUCUGAACACAUUAACUAUCUCAUCGGAGCAUUAUAAUCAACCUGACUGGCUGACCCAGAUCCAAGAUAUCGCAAAUAAAGUUCUUCUGGCUUUAUUCACCUGUGAAAUGUUAGUAAAGAUGUACAGCUUGGGCCUACAGGCUUAUUUUGUUUCUCUGUUUAACCGCUUUGAUUGCUUCGUUGUUUGCGGUGGCAUUGUUGAAACCAUUUUGGUGGAGUUGGAAAUUAUGUCACCCCUUGGAAUUUCAGUGUUUCGAUGUGUUCGUCUCCUGCGUAUUUUUAAAGUAACAAGGCACUGGGCAUCCCUGAGCAACUUGGUAGCAUCCUUGUUAAACUCAAUGAAGUCCAUUGCUUCACUGUUGCUUCUGCUUUUCCUCUUCAUCAUAAUCUUCUCGUUGCUUGGAAUGCAGCUGUUUGGAGGCAAAUUUAAUUUUGAUGAAACUCAAACAAAACGGAGCACCUUCGAUAAUUUUCCACAAGCUCUUUUAACUGUAUUCCAGAUUCUAACAGGUGAAGACUGGAAUGCUGUUAUGUAUGAUGGCAUAAUGGCAUAUGGUGGCCCAUCAUCGUCAGGCAUGAUAGUCUGUAUAUAUUUCAUUAUCCUCUUCAUCUGUGGUAACUAUAUCUUGCUAAACGUCUUCUUGGCCAUUGCUGUGGAUAACUUGGCAGAUGCUGAAAGUUUAAAUACAGCUCAGAAAGAAGAAGCUGAAGAAAAGGAAAGGAAAAAGAAUGCAAGAAAAGAGAGUCUGGAAAAUAAAAAAAGUGAGAAGUCAGAAGGUGACCAAAAGAAGCCCAAGGAUAGUAAGGUGACAAUUGCUGAAUAUGGAGAAGGAGAGGAUGAGGAUAAAGAUCCCUAUCCACCCUGUGAUGUACCAGUAGGUGAAGAUGAAGAAGAUGAGGAGGAUGAACCAGAGGUACCAGCAGGCCCACGUCCCCGUAGAAUAUCAGAACUAAAUAUGAAGGAGAAGAUAACACCAAUCCCUGAAGGGAGUGCCUUCUUCAUUUUCAGCAGCACCAAUCCAAUUCGAGUGGGAUGCCACAGACUCAUCAAUCACCACAUCUUUACCAAUCUCAUCCUUGUCUUCAUCAUGCUGAGCAGUGUUUCCCUAGCAGCAGAAGAUCCAAUUCGCAGCCACUCUUUUCGAAAUAAUAUACUUGGUUACUUUGACUAUGCUUUCACAGCCAUCUUUACUGUUGAAAUCCUGUUAAAGAUCCUAGGGUAUGCAGAUUAUGUCUUCACUAGUAUGUUUACAUUUGAGAUCAUUUUGAAGAUGACAGCUUUUGGAGCAUUCCUCCAUAAAGGGUCCUUCUGCAGGAAUUAUUUUAAUUUGCUGGAUUUGCUGGUUGUGGGUGUUUCUCUGGUAUCAUUUGGUAUUCAGUCAAGUGCUAUCUCAGUUGUGAAGAUCCUCAGAGUUUUAAGAGUCUUGAGGCCUCUAAGGGCAAUAAACAGAGCAAAAGGACUUAAGCAUGUUGUUCAAUGUGUCUUUGUGGCUAUUAGAACUAUUGGUAAUAUCAUGAUUGUUACAACUCUGCUGCAGUUCAUGUUUGCUUGUAUUGGAGUGCAGCUGUUCAAGGGAAAAUUCUACAGGUGCACUGAUGAGGCAAAACAGAAUCCCGAGGAAUGCCGAGGGAUAUACAUCGUUUAUAAAGAUGGAGAUGUUGAUAAUCCAAUGGUCAAAGAGAGGGUCUGGCAAAAUAGUGAUUUCAACUUUGAUAAUGUUCUGUCUGCUAUGAUGGCCCUUUUUACAGUAUCCACUUUUGAAGGCUGGCCAGCGCUGCUUUACAAAGCCAUCGAUUCAAAUGGCGAGAAUGUAGGACCUGUAUACAACUAUAGAGUGGAGAUCUCCAUUUUUUUCAUCAUCUAUAUCAUCAUUAUUGCUUUCUUUAUGAUGAACAUAUUUGUUGGUUUUGUGAUUGUUACAUUCCAAGAACAGGGAGAACAAGAGUAUAAGAACUGUGAGCUGGACAAAAAUCAGCGUCAGUGUGUAGAAUAUGCCUUGAAGGCACGUCCUCUUCGUAGAUAUAUUCCAAAAAAUCCUUACCAGUACAAGUUCUGGUAUGUGGUGAAUUCUACUGGAUUUGAAUACAUCAUGUUUGUCCUCAUCAUGCUGAACACACUUUGCUUGGCUAUGCAGCACUAUGGACAGUCUAAGCUCUUUAAUGAUGCAAUGGACAUUAUGAACAUGGUUUUCACAGGAGUGUUCACUGUUGAAAUGGUUUUGAAACUGAUUGCAUUCAAACCCAAGGGCUAUUUUAGUGAUGCCUGGAAUACGUUUGACUCCCUCAUCGUUAUUGGCAGCAUAGUAGACGUCGUUCUCAGUGAAGCUGAUCACUAUUUCACUGAUGCAUGGAACACUUUUGAUGCCUUAAUUGUUGUUGGUAGCGUCGUUGAUAUUGCUAUAACAGAAGUUAAUAACUCUGAAGACAGCGCUAGAAUCUCCAUCACUUUUUUCCGUCUCUUCCGGGUGAUGAGGUUGGUGAAGCUGCUUAGCAGAGGAGAAGGGAUCAGAACUUUACUGUGGACAUUUAUUAAGUCAUUUCAGGCUCUGCCUUACGUUGCCCUUCUGAUAGCCAUGCUGUUCUUCAUCUAUGCUGUCAUUGGAAUGCAGGUAUUUGGAAAAGUGGCCAUGAGGGACAACAAUCAAAUAAACAGAAACAACAAUUUUCAGACUUUCCCCCAAGCUGUGCUGCUUCUGUUCAGGUGUGCAACUGGAGAAGCCUGGCAGGAAAUCAUGCUGGCAUGUUUGCCUGGAAAACGCUGUGAUCCAGAAUCCGAUUAUAAUCCAGGGGAAGAAUACACAUGUGGAAGCAAUUUUGCCAUCAUUUAUUUUAUCAGUUUUUACAUGCUUUGUGCAUUUUUGAUUAUAAACUUAUUUGUGGCUGUCAUUAUGGAUAAUUUUGAUUAUUUGACACGUGACUGGUCUAUUCUGGGUCCCCAUCAUUUGGAUGAGUUCAAAAGGAUAUGGUCAGAAUAUGACCCUGAAGCAAAGGGAAGGAUAAAGCAUCUUGACGUGGUUACAUUACUGAGACGCAUUCAGCCACCGCUUGGUUUUGGCAAAUUAUGCCCUCACCGAGUGGCCUGCAAGAGGUUAGUAGCCAUGAAUAUGCCACUAAACAGUGAUGGAACCGUCAUGUUCAAUGCUACUUUGUUUGCUUUGGUUAGGACUGCUCUAAAGAUAAAAACAGAAGGUAACCUAGAGCAAGCAAAUGAAGAACUUAGAGCAGUUAUAAAGAAAAUAUGGAAGAAAACGAGCAUGAAAUUACUUGACCAAGUUGUCCCUCCAGCUGGCGAUGAUGAGGUAACCGUGGGGAAGUUCUAUGCCACCUUCCUGAUACAGGACUACUUUAGGAAAUUCAAGAAACGCAAAGAACAAGGACUGGUGGGGAAAUAUCCUGCGAAGAAUACCACGAUUGCUCUGCAGGCAGGACUAAGGACACUUCAUGAUAUUGGCCCCGAAAUACGCCGAGCUAUAUCCUGUGACUUGCAAGAUGAUGAACCAGAGGAAAACAAUCCAGAGGAGGAGGAAGAUGUUUAUAAAAGGAAUGGUGCCCUCUUUGGCAACCAUAUAAACCAUAUUAGCAGUGACAGACGAGAUUCAUUUCAACAGAUCAACACCACACACCGUCCCUUACAUGUUCAGCGGCCUUCAAUUCCAUCUGCGAGUGAUACUGAGAAAAAUAUAUAUCCUCAGGCAGGAAAUUCUGUAUACCACAAUCAUCAUAAUCACAACUCGGUAGGAAAGCAAGUUCCAAACUCAACAAAUGCCAAUCUCAAUAAUGCCAAUGUGUCCAAAGUUGUUCAUGGAAAACACGCAAAUUUUGGAAAUCAUGAGCAUAGAUCUGAAAACGGUUACCAUUCGUACUCCAGAACUGAUCAUGAGAAGCGUAGAAGGCCGAGCAGUAGGAGAACCCGCUACUAUGAAACAUAUAUUAGAUCUGACUCUGGUGAUGGGCGUCGACCUACUAUUUGCCGUGAAGAACGUGAAGUUCAAGACUAUUGCAAUGAUGAUCAUUAUUUGGGAGAGCAGGAAUAUUUUAGUGGAGAAGAAUAUUAUGAGGAAGACAGUAUGUUAUCAGGAAGCAGGCAUAUAUAUGAUUACCACUGUAGGUAUCACUGCCAUGACUCAGAUUUUGAGAGACCAAAAGGUUACCAUCACCCACAUGGGUUUUUUGAGGAAGAUGAUUCACAGAUCUGUUACGAUACAAAAAGAUCUCCUCGGAGACGGCUGCUACCUCCAACACCAACACCAAAUAGACGAUCUUCCUUUAACUUCGAAUGCCUCCGCCGACAAAGUAGUCAAGAUGACAUACCACUCUCUCCUAAUUUCCACCAUCGCACUGCUUUACCACUUCACUUAAUGCAACAGCAGGUCAUGGCUGUUGCAGGGCUGGAUUCCAGCAAAGCUCAUAAACAUUCACCAAGUCGUUCAACACGUUCCUGGGCGACCCCACCUGCAACCCCUCCCAACAGGGACCGUACUCCAUAUUACACACCUCUGAUCCAGGUGGAUAGGGCUGAAUCUACAGAGCAUAUGAAUGGCAGCCUGCCUUCCUUGCACAGGAGCUCUUGGUACACAGAUGACCCUGAUAUUUCCUACCGAACAUUUACACCAGCCAAUUUAACUGUACCUAAUGACUUCAGGCAUAAACAUAGUGACAAACAGAGGAGUGCAGACAGUUUGGUAGAAGCGGUACUUAUAUCUGAAGGCCUAGGAAGGUAUGCAAAGGACCCUAAAUUUGUUUCGGCUACAAAGCACGAGAUUGCUGAUGCAUGUGACAUGACUAUUGAUGAGAUGGAAAGCGCAGCAAGUAAUCUUCUCAAUGGAAAUAUUAGCAAUGGGACCAAUGGGGAUAUGUUUCCCAUUUUAAGCAGACAAGAUUAUGAACUUCAAGAUUUUGGUCCUGGCUACAGUGAUGAAGAACCAGAAACGGGACGAUAUGAAGAAGACUUAGCUGAUGAAAUGAUAUGCAUUACAAGCUUAUAGUAUUUAGCAAGGAAAAUGAUUCUAAUAACAGAAAA